UUUUAACUGCCAUGAUAUUUUAAUUCUGUAACUGUAUUCUUUAGAUUUGCACUUUACCUUCCAAGCAUUACGGUCACUUCACUUACUCCUCUCGCAAUUCCAUCGCUUUGAGACAAGAAACAUUUAUCAGACACUUUCGGACAAGUUCUUGAUUGAAUGAAUAGUCUUAAUUAAAGGGGACUGAUUAAUGAUGGCAAGCUGUACCCUUUUUCCAAGCAUUUUAGCAUUCUUGUUGUGUAGCUCCGCCGUGGUUGUGGUGGAAUCAGGGAUAGGGGUAAACUGGGGCACGUUGUCCGUCCACAGACUGUCGCCGGAGACUGUGGUGAAUCUGUUGAAGGGCAACAAGAUUUCAAAAGUGAAGCUUUUUGAUGCAGACCCACAUUCGCUUAAGGCUUUGAUGGGGAGUGGGAUUGAGGUCAUGGUUGGGAUUACCAAUGACAUGCUGGCGGCGCUCAGCUCCUCCUCCGCCGCUUCUGAUUUGUGGGUAUCUCAGAAUGUCUCUAGAUACAUGGUUAAAGGCGGUGUUAACAUCAAGUAUGUUGCGGUAGGAAAUGAACCAUUUCUGACGAGUUAUUCUGGUCAAUAUCAAUCUUAUGUUCUACCUGCUAUGAUGAAUUUACAACAGUCCUUAGCCAAAGCAAAUCUUGCAGGCAUGGUAAAGCUGGUUGUUCCAUGCAAUGCCGAUGCCUAUGAAUCUUCUCUGCCAUCACAAGGAGCCUUCCGACCUGAGCUGACCCAAAUUAUGACACAGCUUGUUACUUUGUUGAAUUCCAAUGGUUCCCCAUUCAUCGUAAAUAUUUACCCUUUCCUCAGCCUUUAUGGAAGCUCGGACUUCCCUCAAGACUAUGCAUUCUUUGAGGGGACGACGCACUCCGUGAUGGAUGGACCGAAUGUUUACUCCAAUGCUUUUGAUGGAAAUUUUGACACUUUAGUUGCAGCGCUUGGAAAACUUGGUUUUGGCCAAAUGCCCAUAGUUAUAGGUGAGGUGGGUUGGCCAACUGAUGGGGCUUUGAGUGCUAAUCUGUCUGCUGCAAAGGCUUUUAACCAAGGUCUUGUGAAUCAUGUUCUUAGCAACAAAGGAACCCCAUUGAGGCCGGGUGUACCCCCUAUGGAUGUUUAUCUUUUCAGCCUCUUUGAUGAAGGGGCAAAAAGCGUACUUCCUGGGAACUUCGAGAGACACUGGGGCAUUUUCUCUUUUGAUGGCCAGGCAAAGUACUCGCUAAACCUCGGGAAUGGAUUAUUAAAGAAUGCUAAAGAUGUUCAGUAUCUGCCUUCUAGAUGGUGCGUGGCAAAUCCAUCCCGGGAUCUUUCUGGCGUAACCGAUCACUUCAAAAUUGCUUGCAGUUAUGCUGACUGCACUACUCUCAACUAUGGGGGAUCCUGCAAUGGAAUUGGGGCGAAGGGAAAUAUUUCGUAUGCAUUCAACAGCUACUAUCAAGUCCGAAAACAGAAUCCUCAGAGCUGCGAAUUCGAUGGGCUCGGGAUGGUCACUUUCUUGGAUCCUUCAGUUGGCGAUUGCAGAUUUCUUGUUGGGGUAGCAGAUGGCUCUACUAAUUCUCCAGGUUUCAGUCUGGGAAGUAGGAAGACUGUAUCUGCAUUGGUUAUUCUUUGGGGAGUCUACAUUUUCCUCAUGUGAACCAGAGGUUUCUUAAGUGGGGUUAUCAAGCUUCCCCUCUUCUGAAUCAAACUGCUUUUGGAGAAUAUGAGAAGUAUACUGCACAGAUAUCAUUCCUAUAUUCGAAGUUACCUCUGAUUGCUGUCUAGUCCUUUUAGUUGUAGGAAGUGAUGUGGAAUCAUCUUUAUAGUUAGUGAUAUAUUAAAUUAAAUAUGUCAGUGCCCAGUUUGUAUUAAGUGAAUUAAAUGAAAAUUUAUUAUUUAAAAGAGUUAGUGGCACUCGACCUUAUUCCAGUAAA